AUCCCUGCUGCUCUCACUCCUGCCUCCUCCUUUCUCUCUCUCUCUCUCUUCCUUCCCUCCCUCUUUGGCUGUUUUCCUCCCUCGAUCCUCCCUUGGCAAAGAUGGCAACCGAGGGGCUGCAGGAGAACGAGACCCUGGCCUCCCUGAAGACCGAGGCCGAGAGCCUCAAGGGCAAGCUGGAGGAGGAGAGAGCCAAGCUGCACGACGUCGAGCUUCAUCAAGUGGCAGAGCGUGUGGAGGCUUUGGGUCAGUUUGUGAUGAAGACAAGAAGGACGUUGAAAGGCCAUGGCAAUAAAGUCCUCUGCAUGGACUGGUGCAAAGAUAAAAGAAGAAUUGUCAGCUCUUCCCAGGAUGGGAAGGUGAUUGUUUGGGAUGCCUUUACUACAAACAAGGAACAUGCAGUGACAAUGCCCUGUACUUGGGUGAUGGCCUGUGCCUAUGCCCCAUCGGGAUGUGCCAUUGCUUGCGGAGGUCUAGACAACAAAUGCUCUGUAUAUCCACUGACAUUUGAAAAAAACGAGAAUAUGGCAGCUAAGAAGAAGUCAGUCGCCAUGCAUACCAACUACCUGUCAGCUUGCAGCUUCACUAAUUCAGACAUGCAGAUCUUGACUGCGAGUGGAGACGGCACUUGCGCACUUUGGGAUGUGGAAAGCGGGCAACUUUUGCAGAGUUUUCAUGGCCAUGGGGCAGAUGUCUUGUGUCUAGAUCUUGCUCCUUCAGAAACGGGAAACACGUUUGUGUCUGGGGGGUGUGAUAAAAAAGCGAUGGUCUGGGACAUGCGGACUGGGCAGUGUAUUCAGUCGUUUGAAACCCAUGAAUCAGAUAUUAACAGUGUCAGGUACUACCCAAGUGGAGAUGCCUUUGCGUCUGGCUCAGAUGAUGCCACAUGCCGUUUAUAUGACCUGCGAGCUGACAGAGAAGUUGCCAUUUAUUCCAAAGAGAGUAUCAUCUUUGGGGUCUCCAGCGUGGACUUUUCUCUUAGUGGCCGCUUACUGUUUGCUGGUUACAAUGACUACACCAUCAAUGUGUGGGAUGUUUUGAAAGGGGCUCGUGUGUCUAUUUUGUUUGGACAUGAGAAUCGCGUCAGCACUUUGCGAGUUUCACCCGAUGGGACUGCAUUUUGUUCAGGAUCAUGGGAUCAUACUCUAAGAAUCUGGGCUUAAUCCUCAGUGCUUUUUCCCCAAAUAUACAUUAAAAAUGACAUCAUGGGAUCAACCUGCUCACACCCCUCCUAAAAAUCUCAAUUUGGGGGUAGAAGGAAAGCUGUAAUAAAGAAACCAACUGCAACACGGUGAUAGUCAGAAGAUGGAAUGCUCCAUUGUUAGUGUUUACCACAUUUUUGCCCAAAUGCAAACACUACUAGUUAGAAAAGGGGUCAUAUCCUUUUAUCAUACAGUUUUUUAAAAAUAUCUGUGUGUGGUAUAAUAAGCUGUUUUUAAUUCUGUUUUUGAAACUACCAUCCCCCCCUUUAGAAAUAGUUUAAUAACUCUAAAGCCAGACUUCUACUUAAUUAACCUAUAAAACAAGAGUUUAGUAUUUUAGUGCACAUUAUCUAUGUGGUAUUUGCAUGAGAUUAUAUUUCUUACUAAAGUCAACUUGGAAAUAAAACAGACUUUAGCUUUUUAUCAGGGUAUCCAAGGGCUUCUUGACACAUUCCAUGGAAGCAGUAAGAGAGAAAUGAUGAGUGAUUUACACUUGCUUCCUCUGCUCUCUUGCAUAAGAGCCAGAUGUAGGGUAAUAUUUGGAGUGGCAAAUUAGGCCUGGGGAGAGUUGGAUUCAGAUCCUCACUCAGCCAUAAAACUCCCUGGGUGACUUUGAGCCCAAUCACUGACUCCCAUCCUAGCCUACCUCAUAGGGUUUUUGUGAGGAAAAUAUACGGAGUACUUGUAUACUGCCUUGACCACCUUUGAGACAAAGUGGGGUAUAAAUAUGAUUAAUGUAAUUGCCUGCUGUGCCAGGAGUAUGUGUAAAUCCCCACGUGAUCUGAUUUGGUGAUAGAACAUGCAUCUCCUCUCCUUCCUAUGAAAUACCAGAACAUGGGGGAGAGGAAAUGUGAUGCUCCUUCCCUCUCUCUCUUCCUCUGCUUUUGUGGAAUGUGUAAAACAGCCCUGACUCUUGAAACAUUCCUUUGUUGGGAAGAGAAGAAGCAAAGGGAGUUGCUUUUAGAAUCAAAAUCAGUGGGAUUUUAUUUUCCAUGUCUUUAUGUUGGGUAUGGGUUAUACCUAUUGGUUGGUUGUUACUUAACUUUA